CUUGGUCUCUUCUCAUCUGUCUCUUCUACUCUUUUGCUCUUUACCUCUCUCUCUCGUCUUUUCUCUUGUCCUCUCGUCGUCAUCUCCUCCCUCCAUCCUCCCCUCGGACUUUAUCCCCCCUCUCAACUCCUCCUCCACCCCUCGCCCCCCAACUCCUCCCUUCCACCAUGCUCGGAUUGUCACGCUCCACCACCCUCGCCCUCGUCCUUCUCGCCCUCGGCGUAGUCGCCCAGGACACUGGCACGGGCUCCACCGACACGGGCGCUUCUGGCGACACCGGCAACACUGGCGACACCACCACCACCACCGCCACUGACGGUUCGAUGGGCGAUGGCACGGGUGUGUCCGCGUCUCCCGCCGCUUCAGCCGUCGGCUCUGCGCCGGCCGCCUCUUCCGCUGCCGGCCCCGCUGCCAGCGUUUCCGGCGCCGGCGCCAUGCCAAGCGGCACAACGGGCAACGGUACGGUGGGAAGCGACACGGACAUUCCAGGAGGCAAUACCAAAUGGAACAAGACGUGGUUCUACAUGCCUGACCGCAGAAGAGACGGCUACUGGGUCAACGGCCUCGCUAACGUAGCUGCGUGGAAGCCUGUCCCCGACCCAGCCGACAUCAUUCUCGUCAACAGCGCCAAUGCCGGCUUUGCUCAGCAGGUCGUGUACAAGGACAUCCCCGGUGGUGUGCAGAACGUCAACGUCACCAUCAACGACAUCCCCGUCGGCUCGGGCUACGUGAUUUGGCUGGUCGAGGCCGGCACUACGAUCAAGCUCGGCCAGUCCUAUGGUUUCUCGAUCAAGCCCGCGGGCACGGAGCAGGGCAGUACGGCAACGACACCGUUCGCCGUCCCGUCCUUCAACCCGAACCCGAACGGCGAGGCGAAUGGUGCAGGCGGUUCGGCAGCCACCAACGGCGCCAUUGUCGCCGCAGCAGGCAUGAUCGCGCCCAGCUUGAUCGGCAUUGGCGCCGGCGCCCUCUUUGGCUUCUACGCGGCGAUGUCAGCGAUGUAAUCGUCGUUGGACUCUCCGGUCUCGGUCUCAGUUGUCACCCCCGCGGCCUCGCCUCCUCUUGGCCCUCUCUCGCCCUCUUCUCACACACAAUCAUCCUUUCACCCCGCACAGUCUCGCACUCUCUGAUAUACGCGUCAGCCCCCCAACCUCGGCAAGCCGCCCAGGUUGGCUUAAUCCGCGCGCCGACCCAGCGUGACAUUGGUCGGGCGCGCCACGCGGUGCCAUGUACGCAUGCUCGCACACUCCUCACUUCCCUUUACGGCUCAUCCUUAGAGGCUUUGUCGGCUCGGCUAUGGACUCUGCAUCUCCUGGUCAUUGUAGUAAUGUAGCGACGAUGAGGACAUGGGUGUGAGUGGAGGGAUUUGUGAGUCUGGAUGGAUCCUGUAAGCUGGA